ACAUUAUUCUAACUGUAAUUUUAUAUUAAAAACUAUUUAAAGAAAUAUAUAUAUUGUAGUAAUAUGGCACCACUAAAGAGUAUAAUAGAAAAAUAUCAAAGCAUUAUAGCCAAUUCUUGUCAGCUGCCAGCCAUUGGUAAUUGUUUGGGGGAAAAUGAUAGCCCCACUAGGCUAUUCUUCGUGUUUCUGUGCACAAAGCAAGACAUUUUGCUUGAAUUUUUAAAAGAGGCUGAGCUAAUUUAGAGUAGUAUGCUGUGUCCUAAAUGCAACUGUUCGAUGGUUCUAAAAAAUGAUCCCAAACUCUCAGAUGGCAUAACAUGCUACUGUGGGAAAAAAACAAAUAACAGCAGUGUUUGCUAUGCUUCAAAGACUAUUCGAGUAUCAUCAUGGUUUUCAAAAGCAAACUGACCAUAGCUGAAAUCUUUGUGUUGACAUAUGAUGUGCUCGAAAAAAUUGCUACAUCAAAGAUAAUGAAAGAAUAUGGUUUUGGAUCAAACACAAUGGCCUCCUGGAGCCAAUGCAUAAGAGAGACAAUUCUGGAGUACAUUGAAAUGAACAGCCAGAUGAUUGGUGGACCUGGUAAGACAGUUGAAAUUGAUGAAAGUAAAUUUGGAAAAAAAAAGUAUCAUCGGAGCCAUCAUGUUGAAGGGCAGUGGGUGUUUGGAGGUGUUGAACGUGAUAGUGGAGACUCUUUUUUUGUGGCUGUGCAUGAUGGUACAGCACAAACACUUAUCAGUGUUAUUCAAGAGUGGAUUCGUCCAGGAACAACUAUAAUAACAGACUGCUGGAGGGCUUAUCGAAGCUUAGACACCCUGGGAUUUGACCACUUAACUGUAAACCAUAGCAUUUCAUUUGUGGAUGAAAUUACAGGAGCACACACUAAUACAAUUGAAGGUACAUGGCGGCAUAUCAAAACACAGCUACCCCAAUAUAACCGAAAUGGAGACUUUGUUUGUAUUUAGCAGAAUACAUGUUCUCGAAACAAUGUGCAGCAAAAGAAUUGGACAUAGUCCCAAAAUUUUUAGAAAUUA